CUAACAUUUUUUCCACUUGUCAAAAGCAGAUUGAUGAUGUUUGUCUAAGUUGAUAUGGCUAAGGUGUGGAGCUAUUUUUAUGCGUAUCUUAUUGAAUGCAAUAAGUUCCUCUAUACCAAGCGCUUCUGCUUUUUGAAUAGAAGUUCACAAUCUUCUACGGUUUUUUUAUGAUUGUUAGAAUGUUAACCUUUUAAUAUAGUUUUUUCCGUUAAAAUAAAAAAUAAAUAAAAAUUAUUUUAAGAAUUGCUAACCAUUAGAUUUGCAAAUUACGACUACACCAUCAGUGGUUCAAAAACCAACAGUAGGAGUUGGAGUUCCUAAAAAAACGUCGUUGACGGCGACCUUUAACAUUGAUCUUAUCUCCUAAAACUAAAAAUUUGAAUUUGUCGAGUAAUAACCAAAUUCUGCAACUCUCACAGUCACUUCAAACACACUCACGCACUGUACCCGACUGAGACAAUGUUUGGAGGGGCAGCCAAAAGCGUCACAAAUUUGUGCUCAUCUUUUUCAUUCAUAUCCAAAACCCCAACAUCAACGCCUUCUAAAUUGGCUUUCCCUUCCGAUCGCUGUCGCUGUACAAAAUUCCCCACAAUUUCAGCAGUUGCUAACACCGUUCAGCUUCCACCCACCACCGAGUCCCUCACACCGGGUCAGUUCCGAGUCGACAUCCUCUCCGAAUCGCUCCCCUUCAUCCAAAAAUUCCGAGGAAAGAUCAUCGUCGUCAAGUACGGAGGCGCCGCCAUGAAGUCCCCUGAGCUACAAGCCUCCGUCAUCAACGACCUCGUCCUCCUCUCCUGCGUGGGUCUCCGCCCCGUCAUGGUUCACGGCGGAGGCCCGGAGAUCAACAACUGGCUCGGCCGUCUCAACAUUCAGGCCGUCUUCCGCGACGGCCUUCGAGUCACCGACGCUGAGACCAUGGAGAUUGUUUCCAUGGUGCUCGUCGGCAAGGUCAACAAGACCCUGGUGUCUCUCAUCAACAAAGCAGGGGCCACAGCCGUCGGCCUCUCCGGCAUGGACGGCCGCCUCCUGAUGGCUCGACCUAGCCCCAGAGCCGCCGACCUAGGGUUCGUUGGCGAGGUGGCGCAUGUGGAUCCGACUGUUCUCCGGUCGCUGAUCGAUAACAGCCACAUUCCGGUGGUGACGUCUGUGGCGGCGGAUGAGUUCGGACAGCCGUACAACAUAAAUGCUGAUACGGUGGCUGGAGAGUUGGCGGCGGCGCUAGGGGCGGAGAAAUUGAUAUUGUUGACUGAUGUGGCGGGGAUAUUGGAGGAUCGGAAUGACCCGCAGAGCUUGGUGAAGAAGAUUGAUAUAAGAGGGGUGAAGGGUAUGAUAGAGGAUGGCAAGGUUGGUGGUGGCAUGAUUCCGAAGGUGAAUUGUUGCGUGCGAUCCCUCGCACAAGGUGUUAAAACGGCCAGUAUUAUUGAUGGCAGGGUCCCACACUCUUUGUUACUCGAGAUUUUGACUGAUGAAGGAAAAAUUUCUCAUUCAGCCAGUCUGCUGCGGAAGUUGCUAUUGGCAAGAAGCUUCAAAGUGAUGCUAUUCCUAUUCUUGAAAAGAUUCGAAAGAAGAAAGAAAGAGCAGUAAAACAAAAGCAGAGGCAGGACAUGCUCUUAAAAGAUUCUCGGAAUUCUUAUUGUUCUGGAAAUACACGCUCUUGUCGCACUCGGAUGCAUAUUAGAUACACAUUUGGUAAGAUACGUAUUAAAUGUUCAUUUAUGUGGAAUAUGCCUUUUGUGUUUUAGCACUUACAAAUUCUUUAGGGAAGGGAUUGAAAAGUGUUGGGAGAAGAGCAUGGAGAGUGUAUGCUAGAAAGAAUAAAGAAAGUUGUCAGGUUAGUUAGAGAAGUCAGAAAGACAGUUAGUUAGGAUGGCAUUAAGAAAUUAGGUGACUAAAUUUGUUUUGGUGCAAAUUCCAAUUUGAGUAUCAAAUUCUAUUUAUUCCUCUCAUUUUAUAAUAGGUAUUUUGUACACGGAGUUGAGUAAAAUUUUAUGGGGUAUCUUUUGGAAAUACUGUGUAACCGAGCGUGUUACUCUGGAAAAGGGGAUUAGCCGUGGAGGAGAUCAUUCUCCUUGACACAAGAUAUGCAAUAACAGAGAACUCUUCUCUUUCUCUCUAUCUUCCCUUCCCUGUACCGUUAAAAUUCUGAGGCAUUGGACAAUUGUUAUCUUGCAUAUUUACGGAGUUGUUGACCUUUUUGUGAUCUGUACUUUGUCGUUUACAUAUUACUUGCAUGGUUAGUGAGGGUGGGUCUUGUCAAUUGAGCAUGUGAGGAUGUCUGUGCAUGUGGGUAUUGUCAAUCUGAUGCCUUUGAACUUGAGCUGUUAUCAGAUAAUUUCACUCAUUAUAUUGUUCGGUAUUGCUUUUUCUAAAUUUUCUCUGAUCAAAUAAAUUCAACCUCACUUUAAGUAGUCUCGUGAUUUUUUGUAUCAGUUUAUAGUCUUAGGAACUGGUGGGCAGUGCUUUCAUGAAAGUCAAGUAUCUAAUGGUUAUUUUAAACAAGGAUGUUUAAGUUAUUUAAAAAUCUAUUCUCAUCAAUGCUAUUUCAAUGUUAGGAAUUGCAUUUCUAGUUUCCAUCCUGACCCCUAUUAGUAUUUUCCCAUUAGCUAUCGAUUCAGUAUGCUAAUCCGAAUUAGAUUGAGUGAAUUAUUAACGGCUACACACAUUUGAUGUGGUAAAUAAUCAUGCAGUGCUUGAUGCUUCUCAUUGUUGGAUUGGUUUCCUGUCUCCUUCCUCUAAAUGUAUCGAAAGUUAUGAGUUGAGUAUAAGCUGUUCCAAUUAGUUCUUUCUGCCUCUUUAUUAUAUCAGUUGGAUUUCUAGACAUUAAUCAAGUUCUGUUUGGGAAAUAUUGCUGAAGCUUAUGAUUGAACGAUGAAGGAGGCAAUACAGUUGACAAAGUAUGCUUUAUGUCAUUAUGUGAUAUUGUAUCUUAUUAGUUCAUGUUCUUUCUGCUUUCCCAUGUUGUAUUGUCCUUGUAGAAUGUUGAUAAUUUUUCUGAUGAUUAGAUGU